CAAGAUGAAUACGACUCGUUAAAGCCAGCAAAAGAAAGGAAAAGGAGAAGAAAAAAGAAAAGCCCUGAACUUGCGGCCACCGAUUCAACAGUUGCAUUCCGCCUGCAUGACAAAGAGGCUUUUAAGCCAAAUUGGAAGAGUCAGACUGGUUUAAAGAAUAAGGGGAAUCACUGCUAGGUUGAGCUGUGAAUUUCAACACGCCUCCCUCGUUCGUUUGUAAAUAAAUAAAAAGAGAGAGAGAGAGAGAGAGAGAGAGAGAGGCCUUACAGUCCGUAUCCUGCAUUUAACCUUGGCCUGAAAUAUAGAGGAGCAGUUUAUUUUAGGCUUUGUAUCAAACAAUCAGAUUACUUCUUUAAUAUUUUUUUUAAAAAAAGCAUCCUCGACUAGUUAUUUCAUAAUGAAACCAAAAACGAGCAUAGCUUAGCUUGAAGGAAGAGGCAAUUCUCUAUUUGGUUUUGGAGGUCGAACGCUUUCACAAACUUCUCAAUUGACAAUGAAGCUAAAGAAGAUGGCGAGCGAACUGAAAGAGACUCUACAUUUCAUAGUCUCACUGGAAUUUUGGAGGAUGGCUAUUUUCUGGACAAUCUCUCUCAUUGCCUCAUAUUUUGAGUUGUAUUUCCAAAACAUGUUUGGUCGGAGCUCUCAUCCCUAUCCCCAUUGCUUUCCUCCAACUAGUGGAAUUGCCAGACCCCUUUGUGUUAUUACUGGAGCUACAUCUGGUCUGGGUGAAGCUGCAGCUUACGCUCUUUCAAGGGAAGGUUUUUUCGUUGUUCUCGCUGGACGGUCAUCCAAAUUGCUAAGCAAGACUGUGGAGAGGAUAAAUAAGCAGAAUAGGGAUGCCCAAGUGAAAGCUUUUGAGGUUGACUUAACAUCUUUCCAGUCAAUCAUAAAGUUCAAAGGCUCAUUAGAGAAGUGGCUCUUGGAUUCAGAUAUGCAUUCUUCCAUCCAACUCCUGAUAAACAAUGCUGGGAUACUGGCAACAUCUCAGCGUCUCACAACUGAAGGCUAUGAUGAGAUGAUGGUUACGAAUUAUGUGGGUUUAUUCUCCCUGACCAAACUUCUAUUACCACUUCUUAGAAACAGCCCCAUUGAAUCGCGCAUAGUGAACGUUACAUCCUUUACACAUCGAAGUGUGUUCAAUGUGCAGGUGGACAAGGAAACUGUUUCUGGGAAGUGCUUCUCGACAUAUAAAUUUUAUCCUUAUGCUCACAUCUAUGAGUAUUCCAAAUUAUGCAUACUGCUGUUCUCAUACGAGCUUCAUCGGCAAUUGCGCUUGAUGGAUGAAUCUUGCCAUGUAUCUGUCAAUGCUGCAGAUCCUGGAGUAGUGAAAACCAAUAUCAUGCGAGAGGUCCCUUUUUGUCUGUCAAGUGUUGCAUUUAUAGUGCUGAAACUUCUGGGCCUUUUGCAGUUACCUGAUAAUGGGGUUAGCUCUAUUCUCGAUGCUGCCCUUGCCCCUCCGGAAACAUCUGCAGUAUACUUUUUUGGUGGAAAGGGCAGGAUUCUGAAGUCUUCCGCCCUUUCACGCGACAUCAGCCUUGCAGAGAAACUUUGGACCACUUCUUGUGAUAUCUUUGAAAACUUAAAACUCAAUUCCAAGGAGAAAAGACAAUUUUCGUGAAACGCUGGAAACACCUGUGCGUUGUCAACUGAGGUGGUAGCUACAUGCUUGUCGCAAGCAGUUAGCAUCACAGGGGGACCAAUGACCUGUUUGGUGAGAUGAGGUGCAGUUUGAGUUGUUUUGUUAAAUAUUAUCGUCACUGAAAACAAAAAACAUAUGUAGACUAUAAGUGGAGCUUAGGAUAUGCAUAGCGGAAAGUUCUUGACUUGGGAACUUGAUCCUUUCGAGCCCCAGUUAAAGGGCCAAGUUAUUAUUGGCUUGGCCCUAAGAAAAGUGUGAAGAGCAAAUCAAUGGAGAUAAGGUUAAAAUAACUGAAGAAAAUUAUGAGAA